AUGGGGAUCCUCAGACCCCGCGAGCGGCUUCUAUUGAAUGCCUUAAAGAAAGAGGCUGACAUUCGUUACCGUGGACGACGCAUGCACAAACGGUUUCGUUCAUGGGCACAGCAAAGAGUUCGACACUACUGGUUGCCACAGAAAGUUUGCAUCACGAGCGAUCCUCAGUUGAUGGACGGGAACUACAUUGCAGCGAGUGUACAGAAGGCCGCGACUCUGCGGAAACACGACUUAGAACUUUGGCACGGGUUCUCGAAACGCAUCCUGGAACUAGCUGACUGUCUGACGCCACAACAGAUGGGCUACAUUUUCUACGGCUACGGGAAGAGUUUGUUUCGCCACGAAGAGCUGUACAGAGGCCUGUUGCCGUACGUUGUCGAAGCGCUUCCAGAUUUUCACAGCCACGCCCUCAUGACCGUCGCCUGGGCACUCGAGCGCGUGCGCGUCAACGACCGCGCUGUCGUCGCUCAGAUUGCGGAGGAAGCGCUGGCAAAGAAGGAUACGAUGAGGCCUGCCGACUUUAUUAAAAUCGUCAACUGCGUUGCUCGGAUGGGAGCGGCGCCUCCGUCGCUCGCUUCUGCGUUGUCUGAGGAAUUGAUGAGAGUCCUCGACGAGAAGUGCAGCGCUCUUCUUUUCCGCGGAGCGGUGGACCACGUGGCAGUGGCGAAUCUCUACUCGGAUCCUCUUCGCCUCUACGUGCUUGAGCGCUUCACCAAAACCGCCAUGUGCUGUAGACCGAUGCAUUAUCAGAAGGCGUUUCAGAGCGCUGUGGCGAUCCGCGUUCUGCAUCCGCAUGUAUGGCAACAGCUAUCGAAGGCGGUCCGGAAUUUCUACAUUCGCCUCAGUUGGGGCUGCUUUUGGAUCGACAUUGGAGAAAUCGACGAUCGACGCCAGUGCUGGUUCGUGGAUGGCCCGUCCGAUUUUUACUCUUCGACAAACGAAUAUACAGAGGCAAACAAAUUGCAGCAUCGAAUCCUCUCGGAGCUAGGGUGGAGUAUUCGCCGAGUUCGCUGGAACGACUGGGUCCAUUUGGGGACCGACAUGAGCGCCAAAGUCGAGUUUCUGAGAAAGCUCCGAGAACGCCCGCCGUGGCCCUCAAUUUUGACAGACGGACCGAGAUGCAGUCGCCAGGAGAUGCUGGCGAGUUUGAAGAGUGCACGAGAUGUGCAGAGAAUAUUAAAAGAAAGAAGAGAACGAAACCGGCAGCCUCACUCUCUCGUGAUGAACCUCGGGUGA